AUGAGCAGCGCCAUGAAGCUGCAGGAGAGGGUCAGCGUGCCGAGGACGGCAUGGAAGCUAGCCGACAUCUUCAUCCUCUGCCUCCUCUUCGCCCUCCUCUCCUGCCGUGUGGCGUCGCUGCGAGAGGGCGGCGCCUCGGUAGCCGCGCUUGUCUGCGAGGCGUGGUUCACCUUUGUGUGGAUCCUCAACAUGAACAUCAAGUGGAACCCCGUUCGGUUUAACACGUACCCUGAAAACCUCUCACAAAGGACGGACGAGCUCCCGGCGGUCGACAUGCUAGUGACCACCGCGGACCCGGAGCUGGAGCCGCCGCUGAUGACCGUGAACACCGUUCUCUCCUUGCUCGCCGUGGACUACCCGGACGUCGACAAGCUCGCGUGCUACGUCUCCGACGACGGCUGCUCGCCGGUAACGUGCUACGCGCUGCGCGAGGCCGCCAGGUUCGCCAGGCUGUGGGUGCCCUUCUGCAAGAGGCACGGCGUGGGAGUGAGGGCCCCUUUCAUGUACUUCGCUUCCAGCAGACCAGAACCUGAGCUCGCCGGCGACUGGACCUUCAUCAAGAGUGAGUAUGACAAGUUAGUCAGCCGGAUCGAGAGCGCGGACGAGGGGUCUCUUCUCCGGCACGACGAUGCCGCUGACUUCACCGAGUUCAAGGAGGCCAAGCGCGGGGACCAUCCUGCCAUCGUUAAGGUGCUUUGGGACAACAGCAAAAGCAGCAGGACAGGGUCAGGGGAUGGUUUCCCAAAUCUUGUGUACGUUUCAAGAGAGAAGACCCGCAAACAUGACCACCACUAUAAGGCCGGCGCCAUGAAUGUUCUGGCAAGGGUGUCUGCUGUGAUGACAAACGCGCCCAUCAUACUGAACAUGGACUGCGACAUGUUCGUCAACAACCCACAGGUGGUCCUGCACGCCAUGUGCCUCCUGCUGGGGUUCAACGACGAGACCUGCAGCGGCUUCGUCCAGGUGCCGCAGAGAUUCUACGCCAAACUCAAGGACGAUCCUUUUGGUAAUCAGAUCGAGGUUUUACGUGAGAAACUUCUUGGUGGACUCUCUGGACUCCAGGGCAUCUAUUACCUUGGGACGGGCUGCUUUCACCGUAGGAAAAUCAUUUACGGUGUGGCACCACCUUCAUUUGCGGCUGUCAAGCAUGAAAGACAAGGUUCACUGACUUACGAGGACCUGCGGACCAAGUUUGGGGCUUCAGUGGAACUGGCCGAGUCAGCCAGGAACAUAUAUUCCCGAGAAAUACCGCUAAAGCCAAUGAUCGACAUAUCGAGUCGCAUCCAAGUGGCAAAACAAGUGUCUAGCUGCAACUAUGAGACAGGCACACAUUGGGGUCAGGAGAUUGGUUGGUCCUAUGGGUCAAUGGCAGAAGACAUUUUAACCGGGCAGCGUAUCCAUUCAGCAGGCUGGAAAUCCACGUCGCUGGACACUAACCCACCGGCAUUCUUGGGAUGCGCUCCUACAGGAGGACCAGCCAGCCUUACCCAGUAUAAGAGAUGGGCAACAGGACUUCUCGAGAUACUCCUCGGGCCGAAUACCCCAAUCAUCGCCACCAUCUUCAAGCGCCUCCAGUUCCGGCAGUACCUUGGAUACCUAGUCUUCUACGUCUGGUCUAUGAGGGCACCUUUCGAGCUAUGCUAUGCACUAUUAGGACCUUUCUGUCUCUUCAGAAACCACUCCUUCCUUCUGAAGGCAUCAAACCAUGGUUUCAGCAUCCAACUAGCCCUAUUCUUGUCCUACAACAUAUACAACUUUGUGGAGUAUAUGGAAUGCGGGCUCUCAGCCCGUACUUGGUGGAACAACAUGAGGAUGCAACGCAUCGUAUCACUCUCCUCCUGGCUCCUUGCUUUCCUUAGUGUGGUCCUCAAAACAAUCGGCCUCUCCAAAACUGUGUUUGAGGUCACCCGUAAGGACAAGAGUACAUCAGAUGGUGAUCCCAGCACCCAUGAGACUGAUCUAGGGUGGUUCACCUUUGACUCUUCACCAGUGUUCAUCCCAAUGACGGCAGUUGCAAUCUUGAACAUUGUCACAAUUUCUAUCGGGGUAUGGCGUCAUGCCAUUUUUUGGAUGACAACAGGAAAUCAUGAUUGCCAAAAUAUUGGAGAAUUUUUGUGUUGUGGAUUGAUGAUAUUAUACUUUUGGCCAUUUAUCAAAGGCCUUGUUGGUAGGGGAAGAUAUGGAAUCCCAUGGAAUGUCAAACUCAAGGCUUGGGUGAUUGUGGUUCCCUUCUUGUACUUCUGUGGAGGAGAUUAAGUUGGUGCGGCACCACCACAUUGAAAUCUCAUAUUUGUCUUUCUGUCAAACUACUAUUGGAAUAUGUGAUAAGUACAAUUUCAUUAUAUUACUCCCUUCGUUCCUUUUUAUAAGGUCUAUUUGUUUUUUGGUAAAAUUCCAUAAUGUAA